GAACCUUUGGGAUAGUUAUUAUCCUUAGCGUUAGCGUUAGCGGUGCCUUAUGACUGUAUUCAGCUCCCCUUCCCAACUCUCGAGUAGAAUUGUUGAUUUGUAGAUCUUCUUCUCUCUUAGUCCCAUCUCAACCAGCACACAAAAUUUAUUUAUUUAUUAUUUAUUAUUUGUUUAUUUUAUUCGCUUCUUAGAAAAGUGGAGAGCGAUAUGGAAUUUGACGAGCACGAGGACCAAGAGGAAGAGGAGGAGGAGGAGGAGGAAGAAGAAGAGGAGGAAAUGGGAUUCUCAGUGGCGCCGCCGGGUUACGACUCGCUCGGGAACACACCGCUCAGGUCUAAAGUCACCGCCGCCGAGGGCGCCGCUUCCGCUCGCAAAGGCGUGUCCGCGGGAACGACCACUGUUAGAUACAGAGAAUGUCAGAAGAACCACGCCGUCAGCAUCGGCGGCCACGCCGUCGACGGCUGCUGCGAGUUUCUGGCCGCCGGAGAGGAAGGCACGCUGGAGGCCGUCAUAUGCGCCGCCUGUAACUGCCACCGCAAUUUCCACCGGAAGGAGAUCGACGGCGAAAUCAGCCCUUACCACCAGCAACCGCGGUCGCAGCCGCAGUACCACCACCAAUUCUCCCCUUACUACCACCGCGGGCCGCCGCAUGCUGGCGCGGGAUAUCUCCACCACCCCCUGGUAACUCCGCCGGUGUCGCAGCACCGGCCCUUGGCUCUGCCGCCGCUGGCCUCGGGAGGAGUGUUCAGUAGAGAAGAAGAAGACAUGUCAAACCCGAGCAGCAGCGGCGGAGGAGUUGGUGGCGGGAGCGGAACGAAGAAGAGGUUUAGGACAAAGUUCACGCAGGAGCAAAAGGAUAAGAUGCUGGCAUUUGCGGAGAAGCUUGGGUGGAGAAUCCAGAAGCAUGACGAAGCUGCUGUGGAGCAAUUCUGUGCUGAAAAUUCUGUCAAGAGACACGUCCUCAAGGUUUGGAUGCACAACAACAAACACACUCUCGCUAAUUCCGAGCAACGUUCAGCUGGGAAUGGAUCCAACCACUCCACAAUAAUUGCCAAUUCCGAAUUCUCCUAAUCAAGCAAAUCAAGAGAAAGGUAGAAAAGUGAAGUUGCAAGUGUUGGUGAGGACUGAGGAGGAGAAUAAUUUCAACAUUAUUAUUAGUUUGUAUUUAACGUGCGAGGAAUGCAAGUGCAAAUUAAGUUACUACUACUUUGCUGUGUUCCUUCACAUUUCUCGUCUUUUCCUCCCUAUUCCCUAACACCGCCCUAGUUUUAUUCUCGUUUCUCUCUCAUAUUAAUGUCCUUGUUUGCUUCUGGACUCAAGGAGAUUCAUCAUCCAAAAGUGUUUGCUUUUGCUCUGAUUCAGCCAUCGCCAUAUCACUCCACUAUUUUAUGUUCCUUAUGACGUUGUUUGUUCAAGACUAGGUACCGCCUACUCCAUUAUUAAUUGCUCUA